AUGCCAUUUAUGAAGAAUAUAUUGAAUAUGAGGACGAUUCAGGUAAAAACGUCACUGCUGACCAAAUAAAGGCAAGUAUUAAUUCUAUGAAUGUCUAUUAUUUUCAAGGAAUUUUAUGAGAAAGAAAAAUCGGAAAAACGGCUGCGAGAAAGGAGAAGACUCCAACCUGCGAAUCAAGAACACCAACACUUAUAUAACGUCGGAUUUUUCAAAUGGUGUCCUAAAACAAGAGAUUUCCAGACAGCCGAUGUUCCGACUCAACUUUCAACAUCUUCCUCGGUUUGGAAUGUGCCAGCAACCAACUUUUCCUCUAACUCAGGCUUCGAAAAUUGCUUAUUGCAAAAUAAGUUAUGAAAAACGUUUCAGGACUAUUUCCACAACCUGGACAGCUUCAUGAAAGAGCUAAUAUAGAUCUUGAACCAGUCAUAACGAUGUCAAUGACACCCUUGCAGGUGUUGAAGACAGGAAAUGAAGUGGUUUGCAUAGUUUUUCAUACCUAUAAGUUUUUUUUCCAGAUUUCUUCUUCCAGCUCAAAACCAACAAGAAAGCUUGAGAGCGAUUUCGCAGUAGGCAAGUUUUAAACUGAAUGUGAUUGCAGCCAUGAAAAAGUCCUUUGUUACAUGAAAAAAUGUAAACUUUCCAGGAAAUGAAGAGUUUCAUUCACUUAAGGAAACGGUCAAAAAGCUUCAAAAAGAGGUGACUUUACUAAAGGUCUCAGAUCCAUUUUCCAUCCUUUGGUCAAAUCUUGGGUUUAGGCACUGCUCAACAAGCUCUACAGAAAGGCCUACAGUCCUUUGAAGAAGCCCGCGGUCAAGAUUCGGGCAAGUAGCAGUGUUCGUAUUUUGUUUUGUUAUAUUGUUUCUGACUAACGACAAAAAAUUGCUUUACAGUUUGAACGGCCGUCCACGCGCUUGACUGCUGUUCAACAGUUGGAUUCUAGAGAACGGAUCAGUCACAUCUUCAAACCUCCCGCCAGCCCGAGAUUUAUCGAUAGAAGUGAUCCUUUCCUGUGA